AUGGCAGCCCAGCCCGGCAGGGGCGAGAAGCCCUUCCACAUCGUCUCACCCGUCCUGGAGAGCCUGCCCCUGUCCCAGGCGGCGGGCACCAAGGUCUACAUGAAGCUGGAAAACGUACAGCCCACAGGCUCCUUCAAGAUCCGAGGCAUCGGCCACCUCUGCCAGGAGGCUGCCAAGAAGGGCUGCCGCCACUUCGUUUGCUCCUCAGGGGGGAACGCGGGUCUGGCAGCGGCGUACGCAGCCAAGAAGCUGGGGUUGCCGGUCACCGUCGUGGUCCCCAGCACCACCGGCCCUGCCACCGUGCGCAAGCUGGAGGAGCUGGGGGCGGAGGUGGAGGUCUCCGGCCAGGUGUGGGAUGAAGCCAACAGGAGAGCCCUGGAGCUGGCACAGACCGAGGGCUGGGUCAGCAUCCACCCCUUCGACCACCCCUUGGUGUGGCAGGGUCACGCCAGCCUGGUCCAGGAGCUGAAGGACUCGCUGGAGACCAAACCAGAUGCCAUCCUGCUGGCAGUGGGCGGCGGGGGGCUGCUGGCAGGCGUCGGGGCUGGCCUGUGCCAGGGGGGCUGGCAGGACGUCCCCAUCGUCGCCGCCGAGACCCGGGGGGCUCACAGCUUCCAUGCGGCGCUGGCGGCCGGCCGGCUCAUCUCCCUGCCCGACAUCACCAGUGUGGCCAAGUGCCUGGGAGCCAAGAUGGUGGCGGCGCGGGCACUGGAGUGCGCCCAAGAGUGCCAGGUCAUCUCCCAGGUGGUGGAGGACGCGGAGGCUGUGCGAGCCGUGGAGCAGUUCCUGGAUGACGAGAGGAUGCUGGUGCAGCCGGCGUGUGGGGCCGCCCUGGCCCUGCUCUACACGAGGCGACUGCAGCGGCUGCAGCACGAGGGGUGGCUGCGGAGGUGGCUGCGGACCCGGCUGGCCUCCGUGGUGGUGGUGGUGUGCGGGGGCAGCAGCAUCCAGGUGGCCCAGCUGCAGGCUCUGAAGAGCCAGCUGGGGCUGGAGUGA